AUGGAAGAAUCCAGUACUUCAGGUUCAUCUGCCAUUAAUGCCGACUUGCUGACUGGCAUCGACAACAAUUCUGAUAAAGAUGCAAACCAUGGACAAGCUAUCUCCAAACCGUCUGCUCUCAGCUCCCCUCUUAUCCUUGGACCACAUGCAGACGCACAUUAUACUGUAUUUCGCCACUCACAUCCCUCUCUUCUUUCCUCUGAAUUACCUACUUCCUGUCCCAACGUACAUCCUCACAUGUCCUCUACCUAUCAGAAUGUCGUACUGCCUCAUUCUUCAAUCUCACACAAAACGGAAUCCGAAACCACUACGUGCAAACUCCCAACUUCUACUCAUAUUUCAUCAUCGUCAUCACCUUUGCCAUCAUCCCUACUUUCACUUCCUAUGUCUUCCCUGAAAUUCGGAUGUGUCCCGCACGAGAAUUGCCUGAUGUAA